AUGUCGGCACAGUAUCCACCAUCAUCACCAAUUGCAUCUUUCAGGUACGACGAAAAUGACCCAUUUUACCAACCUGCCGAAAAGGAAUCAAUCGCUACGCUCAAUUUCUUCAAGAAAAAAGUUGGAGUCUCUAACCAUGUCGCUCAGUAUCCUACGCCUAACCCUUCUUCGACUCUUGGCGUAUCGUCACCUUUGAAAACCGGGGAUAAACUGGCCUCUAGCUCUCAAACACCUUCAGAAUGCGAAUUCGAGCAGGAGUUGCGUCAAGAAAUCGACUCUUCUAGGAGCCUCAGAUUAACAAGAUCUUUGGACAUCCCUCUCGACUCUCGUGUCGAAACAAGAGUCUCAGUGGGACGCAAAAAUAACCUGUGCGAUGUAGUGCUGCCACGUCAUAAAAACGUGUCUAGACUCCACGCGUUCGUUACGUACUCUCCAACAACCAAACAGGUGAAAGUCGAAUGCAAGGGUACAAACGGUCUCAUUGUCGUGUUUCCCGUUAAGCUAAACUUGAAACUGGCAGUUUCCGCACAGUAUUCCAAUACUUACAGACUAGUAGACGAAAGUUGCAGCGAAAUCACACUGGCUACUAAAGAAGUGGUCCGUGAUACAAACCUCACGUCCUUUGUGGUUUUGCAAGGCGAAACGGUGUAUAUGCCAUACGUUGAAGACACCAAAAUCGAUUUCAGGCAAAUCGAGUGCAAACUAGUUCUCAAAGAAUUCCCAGAGGACCAUUACGAUGACCUGCACAAUGAGACCGAGACCGAGGAUGAGCUACAAGCACUCAACAUUACCAGCGAUGACUUUCCUCAAGAACCGCUUACACCACCUCGCAAAAUGGUCCCUGUCUCGCAAAGCUUGAAGCCAAGCUGGCAACCAAAUCAUUCGGAGACGAAACAGGAUGUUGCUGCUCAGACGACACAUACCAAUCUCGAGAUAACAGAAAAGCGCAAUGGAAAUUCCAACGAAACACCGACAGGUCAUGCAAGAGAAGCUAAGAACGACGAAUUUGUAGCCGCAGCUACAAAUGCCUCUACUGAAAAGUCAAUUGCCACAGCCGCGUCGUCAGUACCACCAAUUAAAGAAACAGAGAUGUCUAAACUUGAAGGAUCGCAGGAAACCCCUAAGCUAGCCAAAAAGUCUCUCAAGACCCUCAAAAGUGCCAAGGACCUCAAUGCACAACCCGUUCAUCAAAGCCAGCCCAAUGAUGCAACUAAAGCAAAGACUAACAACUGUACGGCCCCUUUCCAAAAAAAGCAUAUUACGGUAACGCCCGAGCUGCAUCAAACACCUCAAAAACAAAAGGAUAGCAGUCGUAAUUCACAAGAGACUACGCCGCAUAACGAAGCACACAAAAACUUGAGACGCAGGAAAUACACGUCUCCAUCCCCAAAGAAGAACCAUAAACGGAAGAAUAAACCCCAGCAGCCUACAUUCUCCAGUGAAAGUGUGAUAUUGCAAAUGGAAUCCCGUGGAGUUGCUACUUUGGAUCUCCAACAUGUGUUGGCCAACCAUUUAGCCUUCUCAAAUGUGCAACAGGUGCCCUUCUCUCAACUACAAGAUGUAAACUCGACAAUCUCAAAGUUGAAACCGUUUGAAUUGCGUGCACUUCUGAAGGCCGAAAAGUGCAUAGGAGUGAUUUAUCGUGAGGGCAAAGACGCUGCUGGUAAGCCUCUGGACGAGGAGUACUACUAUGACUUGGAAAAUGAUUCGGAUAACAACAGAAGACAGCUCGUGUCAUCUUUGAAAGGUGGUAGAACAGGUCUUAGAAAUUGCCGGAAAGUGCAUAAGCAAUACUUCUGGAAAAAACCCACUUAA